AUGUUGGGAGAACACGUGUCCAACUUCAAGAAAUUUUUCUCCCUCGAGCAACAGCCGGAAUGUCUCGUAGGCCUUGUUUACGAACGCAUUGAUGCUGCUUUCAGUGACUUUGGACCAUUGCUUUUGUCAAAGUACAUCGAGAAGGGACACGUUAAACUGGGCAGGGAAAGAAGCAGAGUCCAUUUAUUUCAAGAAUAUGGACACUACAGAGCAUACUCUGGAUUCAUCACAGUACAAAUUGGGGAAUCAAAAGCCAAUUUAUUUUUUCUCCACGUCGAAUCAAGGAAUCUCUCAAUGCAAAAACCCCUCCUGCUUUGGUUUCCGGAAAAACCCGGACGGUCUAGUCUCUUCUCCCAGUUCGGCGGAAAUGGCCCCGUUGGAUACAGAUUGGGGGAAGAAGGAAGAUGGGUUCUAUUUCACCGACAGCCGUCACUGGCCGAUUUUUCAAAUAUAAUAUACAUCGACCAAAGUGCCGGAUGCGGGUUCAGCACCGCUACUUCUCCGAAAGCCUACGCCAAGUCCAUGGAAGACAUCGUUCAAGGAAUCUUCCUCUUUCUUGAACAGUUUCUGCUACUGUUUCCGUGGUAUAGGGACCGAAAGUUCUACCUGGGCGGUGAAGCCUACGGAGCCAAGGUAGCAGUGGCAGCCGCUGGCGCUUUCCACCAGCGCUUUCAUCGCCUGAAGUUGCAAGGAGUCAUCGCAGGGGCUGGACUACUGGGUCCCUUGCUACAGCUGGCCGACUCGUCAGAGUACCUCUACCAAGUCGGAAUGCUAAACCGCAGAGGAAAAUUGCAGUUUCAGCAAAGGUUCGCAGAAGUUCGACGGCUCAAAAAGAAAAGCAAACUAAGAGAAGCAUUCAAACUUCUAGAAAAGACAAUAUUCGCCUACACAUUUUCGGGAUUACCAACGUUAUUUCAAGAUCUAACCGGAUAUAAGGACUACGAUAGCGUUGCUCAGUCCGAGGAACCUGAAAUAUUUAAAGUUUUGAACCAAUUUUUUCACGCAGACAAAUUCAAAAGAGCCAUUCAUGUUGGAAUUGACGCUUUCUUCCAACAAUAUUACUACGACGUAUCAGUAAACCUCAUACCCGAUUACUUUGUUGACUCGUCACAAACAUUCGUAGAAGUCCUUGAUAGAUACGAAGUCCUAGCUUAUUCGGGGCAGUUCGAUGUGACUUUUCCUGUUGCGAACAUGCAAAAAUUCUACGAGGGUUUGAAAUGGAAAGGAACCGAGGAUUAUGCGAACGCCGAACGAAACCAAUGGCGCAAGAAGAUUCAAGGAAACGAUUUUCUGCUAGGAUACAUAACGAAAGCAAAAGGAUUCACAGAAGCGGUGUUACGACGGACGGGGCAUCGCGUAUCGUAUGACUCAAGCUACCUUGUUGCUAAAUUGAUUGAAAUAUUCAUGAAUGCUAACGUGACUGAUCCUAAUGACUAUUUGUAA